UGCCCCCUCCCCCCCAAAUACCGCGCUUCAAGCCCAGACAACACAAGUUUCACCAUCCAUACUCACCGGUCAGUCUACACAGGCAACCACCACAAUCGCUAACCAUAUUAUGUAUCACUCAACAGCUACUUUCUUAUCAAAGAAUGAAGAAAACACUCGACUAGAUGGGCAAGAAGGAUCAGGGGGUCAUACAAGACGUCGGGGUUCCCUUCCUCUCGCUACGUCCUUGCCUGCAACUCGCAAGGAAUCGGUUGCCAAAAGUGGAAGAAGCACCCCUGUGCGUUCCGCCGAAUCUGAGAGCAGAAGAAGCCAUGAAACGAACGACGAAAAUUCAUCCUUGCCUUCCGGACUGACUGAGUCUGCGAACAACUCGAGUGAGUGUUCAACCUUUGCUUCGCCUUCAUCGACGAAUGCUGGAACAAAUACGACAAGAACAAAACGAGGGCUCAAAGGAACGCUGAGCGCAGCAGAGAACUAUGCGGCAUCGCUGUUCAAGACAAAAGGGAAGGGGAAAAGCGGAAGAGCCAGUCCAAGUCCAGGUAUCAACCAGUCGCAUAAACAAGAGAAAUAA